GAGAUAGGGAACUUGAAAUCUCUUGUAAAUCUAGCACAGGCUAUCUUCUACUAGUCCAAGCCAACUUCUUUGAAUGUGGUGGGGUGGCAAUUGGACUCAACAUUUCACAUAAGAUCAUUGAUGCUUAUACGCUCUGCAAAUUCAUUAAUAGCUGGGCUGCAAUUUCCCUUGGCUCAGCCAAUACUGACCAUGUUGUGCCUCCUGUAGAAUUUGGUGCUGCAGCAUCUCUUUUCCCACCUCUGGAUUUCCUCAAUUCACCCCAACCUUCCAUUGACUUUGUCAAGGAAAAUUGCAUAACAAGGAGAUAUGUGUUUGAUGCCUCCAAGAUUGCUGCUCUUAAGUCAAAAGUUGCCAGUGCUGCGGUGCCAAACCCAACUCGUGUUGAAGUAGUGUCAGCGCUCAUUUGGAAAUGCGUAAUGGAAGCAUCAAGAUCAAACUCAAAUUUUGCAAGGCCAUCUGUGUGGUGUCAAUUUGUGAACAUGAGGAAGAUAUUGCCGCAGGCCCCAGGGGAAAACUUAUUGGGAAAUCUUGUGGGGUACUCUGUAGCAAAGACAGAGGAGAGGGAAGUAGAACAUGAUGUUAAAAGCUUGGUUUCUAAAUUGAGGAAGGGCUUGGAAGAAUUUAAGGAAAAAUAUGGUAAUGGAAUUAGUAGGGAGGAUGUGUUCCAACAGUGCAUUGAGUUAUCAAAGCUCGUUGGAAAGGUUGAUAUAGACACCUAUUGUUCCACUAGUUGGUGUAGGUUUCCCUUCUAUGAAGCCGAUUUUGGAUGGGGAAAGCCAUCAUGGAUGAGCAUCCCUAGUACUGUAGAAAUCAAGAACAUCAUUUCAUUGGUGGAUGUAAGUGAUGGGAUUGGCAUAGAAGUGCGCUUGACUUUGGAAGACGAAGAUAUGGCCAUAAUCGAAAGCAACCAGGAGAUGCUUGCAUAUGCUUCUCUGAAUCCGAGUGUCGUGUAAUUAAUUAGUAUACAAAAAAAUUAAUCUGCGUCUUCUGCAUCUCAAGUACCAUUUCUAAAGUGACGAACUUGUUUGAUAAAGGAAAUAUCGUCAUGAUUCUCGAAGCUUGCACAUGCUUCUCUGUAUCUGAGUCAGAGUGCCAUCUGUUAUUAAUUAGUACCAAAAAGUCCUCCUCUUGCUUUUAGAAUUCACACCUAUGCUA